UAAAAAUAUCAAUUGUACAUUGGUACGUCGGUUUACUUAAUAUUGAAACUGAAUUUAAGAUAUAAAAUUAUCGACGAUUAUGUCUGGAGAAGGCGGUGAGCCCCCGCCAGAAGGUCCAGCAGCUGAGGCUACUGUUAGUGGUGUACCUGAUAAAACUAUAGAACGGGAUGAAGUUGUAGCAGAAACUACAGCGAAAGUAGAAGAAUUAUCUAAUAGGAUGUCGCGGAAGCAGUCUGCUUUUCCAGAAGUGAUAGGCGACGAGGAGCGUGUAGAAGUAGAUAGAACUGCACUUGAAGCCAUACUCGAUGUCGGGUCCCGACUACAAGAUAUUCAGAAAAAGAGUAAAGUUUCAAUGAGUACGUUAGCCUUGGCUCAUGAGUCUUAUAAAGACAAACAAGCAAAGGCUAAAGACGCUCGUAAUAAUAGAAUUGGAGGUAUUAAAAAUCAGCAUCGAUUUUUGUUGGAAAAUGCAGCAGCAACAUUAAACAAAAGCAUUGAAUAUGUAUUGGAGGGAGUGUUUGACGCUGAUGUUCACAUAGAUCUUUUAGAGAGCGCUGUUGCUGAAGGUGGAAGAAAUUGUAUAGUUCUGUGUGAUGCUUUGUUACCGCCAUUAAAAAUGGAAUCGGGGCGAUUUAUACAUAACCAGAAAGCAAGGAUGGAACGUACUUAUAUAUCUGAUGCGUCUACUAUAGGAACGGAGGGCAUAUGUAUAGCAAUGUAUAGGAUAAAGAACAAAGCUAUUGAUACAAAAAAUGUAGCCGAUGAUUAUUAUAUGGUGAUGUUUGAUAUGAACCGAGAAACGGAGAAUGUAGUUUCUGGUAUUUACAAAACUAUGAAUCGUGUGUACGUGCCCGCUCUAUACGCUUGUAAAGCAUGGGGUGACAUCAACCCACCAAAUCCUAAGAGUGCUGAUAUUAUCAAGUACUAUAAAUCAAAGAUAAUGUUAUUCAUUGAAUAUCUAGAAAAAACCAAAGUAGAUUUGGAUUGUUGCACGAAAUUCAAAAUAAAUCUAAUGUUGUAUGAAGAUGAACUGUCCGAUUUAGAUAAAAUGAAACUAGCUGUAACAAAAACUCACGUUCUAGAAGAAAUAUGUUCUUAUGUCAAACAGUGGGUCAGGCAAAUUACUAUGGUUUUAGUACAAAGUCAGCAGCUGCGUCGUGAACCUGCCAAUAUAGGGCCUUUGGCGGAGUUGGACCAUUGGCGACGACAAUUGACCACAUUUACCUCUAUUAUAGAGCAUAUCAAGAGCGAUCCUUGUCAUAUGUACAUACACACGUUGAUUCGAGCUAAAUCUAAACUUAUAAAGAAAUGGCGGUUGUUGGAUAAUCAAGUCACUGAUUAUUACAAUGAGGCUUAUGAUAAUGUAAAAUAUUUAUACGCUUUGGAAAAAUAUUGCGAACCGUUAUAUAGAUGCGAUCCAGUUACAAUGCAGCAGUAUAUACCAGGCCUGAUCUAUACAAUUCGCAUGAUAUUCGCAACAUCCCGGUACUAUAACACUACAAAGCAAAUAUCGACGUUGUUGGUUAAAGUUACUAAUCAGAUACUCAAUAUGUGUAUGGAUUAUUUAACUAAUAGUGGUAAGAGGACCAUUUGGAACCAGGAUAAGUUAAAUUUUAUAAAGAAAGCAAGGUUGUGCCUGAACCUAUAUAACUUUUACCUUGAGUGCUACAGUGAAACUCAGAAGGAGAUGAUGGAAGCUGCUGACGAGAGGCCGUUUGAUUGUUCCGAAAUGUAUAUAUUUGGCAAGUUCGAAACGUUCAGAACACGAUUGCAAAAGAUAAUUGAUUUAUUCCAAACUUAUAUUACUUAUUAUGUCUUAAAUAAAACUACAUUAGAAGGUAUCGAAGAGUAUGCGACUAAUUUUAAUAAACUUUUCAAGACAAUAUCUACUAAAAGUUACGAUGCUUUAGAUCACAGGCGGCCCGAUUUUGAUAAAGAUUAUAAAGUAUACAAAGAUGCCGUCGCCAGCCAAGAGUUAUUGUUGGAAAAUUUCAUGAUUGCGAGCGUUAAUAAAUGCCCAACAACGGAAAUUGCGCUCCAAUUGUUAUUACGAUUUGGAACGCUAAAAUUGGAUUGCUUGUAUCUUGAAGAUCAAUAUUACGAUCUGAUAAGUAAAUACACUGCUGAAAUUGAGUCUAUACGUGACAGAUAUAAUGAGGAACGAGAAAAUCCAGAGUUACCGAGGAAUAUGCCGCCAGUUGCCGGCAGAGUCAUGUGGAUUAGAUUUUAUGAUGAAAAUAUCAAACGACCAAUGAAAGAAUUCAUGAAACAUUAUGAAGUUAUUACACAUAUGAAUACACAAAGGUGUAUAAAAUUAUACAACGUAAUGAGUAUAGUAUUCACGGAAUUUGAAUUAAUAUAUCAUAAAGCCUGGGUAGAAAAUGUUGGGCAGGUGCGCCUCGGUUUGAUCGCGCCGCUUUUAAUUCGGCAUCCUGUAACUAACAUGUAUAUUGUGAACUUUAGUAUUUAUAUACCGGAGUGUAUUAGAGAGGUAGAGUACAUGUGGCAGUUGGGACUCAAUGUACCUGAUGGAGCUCAGGUGGUUGCGUUCUGUAAAGAUAAAAUACUGGGACAUUAUGAACGAAUAAAAUAUUUAGUUGAAAGAAAUAACCAGAUAAGAAGGAGUAUGCCUAAGUUAUAUUUACCUUUGCUUCGAGCUCAAUUGAUUAAACUCGAGAAAGCGUUCCAACCAGGUCUAUCCACCAUAACGUGGACUUCAUUAGAAAUACCCUCGUAUUGUGAUAAGAUAGAUGCAAUAUUGGACGAAGUAGAUCUCUUCGUUAAAGAGGUGGUAGACAUGAAAGAAGCUCGUAUUGACGCGAUUUUACAGUCCAUUACAAAAACCUUGUUAGUGUACCUUCCGGAAGAAGCUGUCGACCCAGGAGUGUUUUAUGAAGAGAAUUAUAAUAGACGUGACGAAAUAGCAUCUGAUUUACAACAGAAGUCAUGUAAUGCAGAAAUUGCAGUCAUUGAGUUGGUUAAUAAAUUUUUAGACAGUGUACCUUCAAAACAAAUUCAGGACUUGAAAGAUAAUUGGUUAGAUACAGAGAAGGCAUUAAAACAAGUAACGUCUGCCACAAGAGUAUUUCCAGAGGAUGCUGCAUUUGUAGAGAUAGAAAAUCCAGAUAGAUUUGACGUAUUGCCUGCGAUCAAUGAGUGCAACGAACUAUUUGCUUAUUUUGCUACCAAGUGUCUGGAAUCCCUCAUUAAGUGCACAAGGCAGAGCUUAGAUCUGCUCCGCCGACGGGCUUCUGUAUCUAGCUUCCUUACAAUGACUACUGAUCCCGAGGAACAAAAGAAACUGAAGCCUCUUAUGUUGACUAUGAUGUAUUUAAUGAUUCCUCGCAUUUUAAUAAAGCCAACCCUGGAGGAAAUACAGAAUUCAUUUUCUCAAGUGGUGUUGAAUUGUAUUAUGGAUAUUCACCGUUACGUCUUUAUGUGGGGACAACAAGAAUUAAUAAAAAAGGAAAAAAUGGAGGGACGGUCUUUGUUAAACAGUAGGAGUAUGAGUGCUGGGUCAAGAUCAGGAUCGAAUAUACUUGGUAUCAGAAAUUACUUCAGAAUGGUUUCGGAACAUAAAGACAUUGUGAGAUCAGUAAUGGCUUUACAAGGAAUGAUGUAUAUGUUUAAACCAGACAUAGAGAAACUGCUAAAAACUUAUGGCAGGUUCGCGCCUUUAUGGGCCGAGGAUAGAGUCCAACAGGUGCAAAGCUUCGUUGAUUCAAAUCCUCUCAAUGUAAUCAUCAGAGAUAUGCUCAAAAAAUAUGAAAAACAAACUGAAGAAGUUUUAAAUUUGCCAGAACGGCAUAUUAUAGGUUCAAUUCAAAUCAAUAUGGAUAAAAUAAAAUUAGCAUUGCACGUGGAAUCUGUAGAAUGGAAGCGUAUAUUAGGUAAAUUGCUAAGUCAGGCAUACAAGGAACGUGUACAAAGAUUAAUGCAAUUCAUCAAUGACCGCAUGAAGACGAUGGGCAAGAAGAUCAAGGAUUUGGAUGAUGUCAGAUUGGCUAUGUUGUGUCUUGAAUUGAUCCGAGAAGAAUUCAUAGGUAUGGACAUGGAAUUAGAUUUAAUUGAAGAAAGCUACGCGACAUUUGCACAAUUUAAUAUUGAUAUACCUAAGGACGAUGCGGAUAUGGUUUAUGGAUUACGAUAUGCAUUCCAGAAUAUGCUAUUAACUUCACAACAAGUACAACAGAAAAUUGUAGAUAUGCAAGGACCUCUGCAGAAAGAAUUGACUGAGGGUGUGGCGACAUUCCUUGAAGACGUGUUGAAAUUCGACGCCGAUUACGAUGCCUUCGGGCCGAUGACCCCUGGCCUCAGUGCCAGAGAGGCUAGUGACAGAGUUAUUAUGUUUCAAUCAAGAUUCGAUGACCUAUGGCGACGAUUCGAAAUGUAUUCCAAUGGUGAAAAGUUAUUUGGAAUGGAAGUAAAGGACUAUCCUAUAUUGCAUCAAAAGAAGAAAGAAUUUAAUUUACUCAGCAAAUUGUACAGUUUGUAUUUAGCUGUUAUGAACUCCAUUGACGGGUAUUUUGAAACACCCUGGGUUGAAAUCGAUAUUCAACAAAUCAUAGCACAAUUGACAGAAUUCGAUAUUAGAUGCCGAAAAUUGCCGAAGGGAAUGAAAGAUUGGCCUGCUUUCAUCGAAUUAAAGAAUAAAAUUGACGAUUUCAAUCAAACUUGUCCCUUGCUCGAGUUGAUGGCAGAUAAAUCAAUGAAGGAUAGACAUUGGAGGAGACUAGAGAAACUUAUGAAUUGUGUUUUGGAUGUGGAAUCCGAUUCAUUUACACUUGCUAAUGUUAUGGAAGCACCCCUAUUGAAAAAUAAGGAAGAUGUAGAGGAUAUCUGCAUAAGUGCUGUCAAAGAAAAAGAUAUUGAAGCAAAAUUGAAACAAGUGAUUGCUGAUUGGGCAGUCGUAGAUCUAACAUUUGCGCCAUUCAAAAAUCGUGGCGAGUUACUUCUUAAGGCGCAGGAUACCCUAGAUAUUAUUACUAUGCUAGAAGAUUCUCUGAUGGUGCUGAAUUCUUUAGCGUCUAACAGGUACAAUGCACCGUUUAAAAAGGAUAUACUUUUGUGGAUUAAUAAGUUGGUAAGCACGAGUGAGAUUCUAGAGAAGUGGCUUCAAGUGCAGAACUUAUGGAUGUAUCUGGAGGCUGUAUUUGUAGGUGGUGAUAUUGCAAAACAGUUGCCGGCGGAAGCUAAGAGAUUUGGCACAAUCGACAAAACUUACGUCAAGAUUAUGUACCGCGCCCGUGAUAUAGUUAACUGUGUAGAGACUUGUACUUCUGAUGAAACCCUCAAGCAGCUGUUACCACAUCUAUUUGAACAGUUAGAAGCUUGCCAGAAAUCGCUUACGGGUUACCUCGAGAUGAAGCGAUUGAUAUUCCCGAGGUUCUUUUUCGUGUCAGAUCCAGUGUUGCUAGAGAUUCUUGGACAGGCAUCAGAUCCUCAUUCUAUACAGCCCCAUCUUCCGAGCAUCUUUGAUGCAAUGUAUACAGUCGAUUUCGAUGACAAGGAGAGGAUAAUAAAUAUGAAUUCUGAUAAUGGCGAGACUAUUCCUCUGGAACGACCUGUCGCCUGCGUUGGAGGUGUAGAGAUCUGGUUGAAUACUUUGUUGGAUACAAUGAAAGAUACGGUUAGGAAUAUGAUUGCUAACAUUUCACAAACUAUGUCUGGCGAUCCGGAAUUCGAGUUUUUAGUGGGGUUUUGGAAUUUCCCUGGACAGGCUGGCUUGUUAGGUAUGCAAAUUUUGUGGACCAGUGAUGCAGAAUAUGCGCUAAAGAAGGCUAGAGCGGACCGGUUUAUUAUGAGGCUGACCAAUCAGAAAUUCCUUGACUUAUUGAAUGGAUUAAUUGAUAUGACAGUCAAAGACUUAGUGCCUUUAGAUAGGACUAGAGUUGAAACUAUGAUUACGAUUCAUGUCCAUCAAAGAGAUAUUUUUGAUGAUUUAGUACGGAUGAGAAUUAAAUCACCCAUAGACUUUGAAUGGCAGAAACAGGCUCGAUUCUAUUAUUUUGAAGAUAGUGACGAUUGUAUCGUAUCAAUAACAGAUGUGGAUUUCUUAUAUCAGAAUGAAUAUCUCGGCAUCACAGAGCGUUUAGUAAUCACGCCUCUGACGGAUCGCUGCUAUAUCACGCUCUCGCAGGCGAUCGGUAUGAGUAUGGGCGGUGCACCUGCAGGACCCGCGGGUACAGGCAAAACUGAGACCACCAAGGACAUGGGCAGAACGCUUGGGAAACUAGUCAUUGUGUUCAACUGCUCUGACCAGAUGGACUUUAGAGGCUUAGGGCGUAUUUACAAAGGGCUGGCGCAAUCAGGAACUUGGGGUUGUUUCGACGAGUUCAAUCGCAUUGAACUUCCAGUGUUGUCGGUAGCGGCGCAGCAAAUUUAUAUCUGCCUUACCGCCAGACGAGAAAAGAGAGAGUUCUUUAUAUUUAGUGAUGGCGACGUAGUGAGUCUGAACCCCGAGUUUGCCUUUAUCAUCACUAUGAAUCCAGGAUACGCGGGCCGCCAGGAGUUGCCGGAGAACCUAAAGAUUCAGUUCCGUUCUGUAGCCAUGAUGGUACCUGACAGACAGAUCAUUAUAAGAGUCAAGUUGGCUAGUUGUGGUUUUAAGGAGAAUAUAUUGCUAGCCCGUAAGUUCUUCACCCUGUACAAGUUAUGCGAAGAGCAAUUGUCUAAGCAAGUGCACUAUGAUUUUGGUUUACGAAAUAUUCUGUCAGUAUUAAGGACUAUGGGCUCUCAGAAACGAGCGAAUCCAGAGAGUACUGAAGAAAACAUAAUGAUGAGAGUGUUGAAGGAAAUGAAUGUAUCUAAACUAGUCGACGAAGAUGAACCUUUGUUUGUCUCUCUAAUUGAAGAUUUGUUCCCUGGUAUUAAGCUUAGUCAAACUGUACAUAAAGAAAUGCAACGCGCUAUAAACUUAGUAACAGAGCGGACGGGUCUCGUUAACCACCCCGAUUGGAACUUAAAGAUCAUUCAGUUGUUUGAGACAUCGCUAGUGAGGCACGGUUUGAUGACAAUGGGUCCUACUGGUUCUGGAAAAACUACCUGUAUUCACACAUUGAUGGCAGCAUUGACAGAAGUUGGCAGGCCGCAUAAAGAAAUGAGAAUGAAUCCCAAGGCUAUAACGGCCCCACAAAUGUUUGGUCGUUUAGAUGUAGCAACGAAUGACUGGACGGAUGGAAUAUUUUCCACAUUGUGGAGACGUGCUUUGAAAGUGAAAAAGUCAGAUACCACUUGGAUUGUUCUAGAUGGUCCCGUGGAUGCUGUAUGGAUUGAAAACCUAAAUUCCGUACUUGAUGACAACAAAACGCUCACAUUGGCUAAUGGUGAUCGUAUUACGAUGGCACAAAAUAGUAAGCUUGUGUUCGAACCUGACAAUGUAGAUAAUGCUUCCCCAGCUACAGUUAGUAGAAUGGGCAUGGUGUUUCUAUCUUCGUCUGUGCUCAAGUGGCAGCCUGUAUUGGAGGGUUGGUUGAAAAAGAGAUCACAGAAAGAAUCUGAUUCUCUCCGUACUGCUUUCAAUAAAGUUUAUGAUGAAGUUCAUAUGUACGUACAACAGAAGUUACCAGCUAAAAUGAAAUUACUGGAAGCUAUUUAUGUCAGACAAUGUAUUGAUGUUUUGAUCGGUCUCCUGCAAAUAGAAGUUCCUGGUGGCAAAGUGCACACUGACCGUCACUUGGAGCGUCUGUUCAUAUUCGCCAUGAUGUGGUCGCUGGGCGCCGUGCUCGAGUUGGAUGCGCGCACGCGCAUGGCCGAGUUCAUGACCAAGCUGCCUGUCAAAAUGGACUGGCCCGGGGCCAAGUCCAAGGAGUGGAUUAUGCCUUUUGAGUACAUGGUCAAUGAUACUGGAGUAUGGCAGCAUUGGUCUGAAAUCGUAGAAGAUUAUAUCUAUCCCUCGGACAGUAUACCAGAAUAUUCCUCCAUUUUAGUACCCAACAUUGAUAAUGUGUGUAUAUCGUUCUUGAUCGAGACAAUAGCAAAACAAAACAAAGCAGUUUUGUUGAUCGGCGAACAGGGCACUGCGAAAACUGUCAUGUUAAAGAGUUACAUGCAAAAAUACGACAAUGAGGUUAAGCUGUACAAAAUGAUCAACUUUUCUUCAGCCACCACGCCUAAUAUGUUUCAAAGAAUCGUAGAGUCGUACGUUGAAAAACGUGUUGGUAUGACUUACGGCCCACCUGGUGGAAGAGGCAUGACUGUGUUUGUAGACGAUAUCAAUAUGCCCAUUGUCAACGAGUGGGGUGAUCAGGUUACAAAUGAAAUAGUGCGUCAAAUGAUGGAGUGUGGAGGCUUCUACUCAUUAGAGAAGCCUGGAGACUUUAUUAUUAUUGCCGAUAUACAAAUGUUUGGUGCAAUGAUUCAUCCAGGUGGUGGUCGAAACGAUAUACCUCCUCGUUUGAAACGGCAAUUUAACAUAUUUAAUUGCACUUUGCCAAGUACUAUUUCAAUGGAUAGAAUCUUUGAAACAAUCAGCGCUGGCUAUUUUUGCAAAUCACGUUUCGAUAAGAAAAUCGUCGAAUUUAUGCCUAGAUUAGUGCCAGUUACUCGGAUUAUUUGGCAACAAACAAAGGUAAAGAUGUUACCAACACCAGCUAAAUUUCAUUAUGUGUUCAACCUUCGUGAUUUGUCUCGCAUAUGGGAAGGUAUCCUAUUUAUCAAAAGAGAAGAGUUACCGUCUAUUAAGACCGCUCUUAAACUGUGGUUCCACGAAUGCUUAAGGGUUAUUUCUGACAGAUUUACAACUUUUGACGAUAAGGACUGGUUCGUGGCUAACUUUUGGAAAACAGCUGCGCAAGAGUUACCAGAUGUGGCAAGCGAGUUUCCCGACCAGGAAACUUUCUUUGUGAACUUCCUGCGAGAACCGGUAGAACCGACGGGAGAUGAGGAUGAAGAUUUUAGUACUGACGCGCCAAAAAUUUAUGAAGAGCUACCUGCAUGGGACUUUGUAUUGAUGAAGCUGGGCCAAUUCCAAGAACAGUUUAAUGAUCAAAUCAGAGGUGCCCACUUAGAUCUCGUAUUUUUCCAUGACGCUAUGGUGCACCUAUUUAUUAUAUCCAGAAUUAUAAAUACUCCACGAGGUAACGCUUUAUUAGUAGGCGUCGGAGGAUCUGGCAAACAGAGUUUGACUAAGUUAGCUUCUUAUAUAGCAAACUUCUCAUUUUAUCAGAUUACACUAUCAAGAUCAUAUAACGUGAACAAUUUCAUGGACGAUAUAAAAUAUUUGUAUAGAGUAGCUGGGCUCCAGGGGCAGGGUAUUACGUUUAUAUUUACUGAUAAUGAUAUAAAGGACGAGCAAUUUUUGGAGUUCUUGAAUAAUAUUCUCAGCUCAGGAGAAAUAGCUAAUUUGUUCCCUAAAGAUGAAAUGGAUGAGAUACUAAAUGAAUUAACUCCAAUAAUGAAGAAAUAUGCUCCUAGAAGAAUUCCAGUCCCCGACGUUCUUUAUGAAUACUUCAUUAUGCGAUCUAGGUCAAAUUUGCACGUCGUUUUGUGUUUCUCGCCGGUCGGUGAAAAAUUCCGAAGCAGAGCCCUGAAGUUCCCUGGCCUCAUAUCCGGGUCUAUAAUGGAUUGGUUCCAGAAAUGGCCAAGGGUGGCGCUAAUUGAAGUAGCAUCUCAUUUUUUGGCCGACUUCCAUGUAGUAUGUUCUGCGGAGACAAAGCUGCAGUUGAUCGAAAUUAUGGGCAUGGUUCAGGACAAUGUGGCCGACACAUGCACUAUGUAUUAUGAUAGAUUCAGGAGGCAGACGCACGUCACUCCCAAGUCAUAUUUAUCCUUCUUGGAAGGGUACAAAGUUUUGUACAAGGAAAAGCAUAUGAACAUUGCAGAAAUGGCAAGGAGGAUGACAACUGGCCUUGACAAAUUGGUCGAAGCCGCUGCUAGCGUUGAUAUUUUGAAAAAGGAAUUGGAAGUAAAAGAGCUUGAAAUAAAAGAGGCGACAGCGAAGGCCGAAGAGGUACUCGCGGCUGUAGCAGAGUCGGCAGCUGCUGCUGAAGUGGUAAAGGCAGAGGUAUUGGAAGUGAAGGACCGCGCCGUGAACCUGGUCAGCGUAAUCGCUGCGGAAACUGCUGUCGCUGAGGAGAAGCUGGCUGCAGCUAAACCAGCUCUUGAAGCAGCUGAAGCUGCUUUACAGACAAUUAAUGCCGCUGACAUUGCGACUGUGAGGAAAUUGGGCAAGCCGCCGUAUCUCAUCACACUAAUUAUGGAUGCUGUCAUACUGCUAUUCCGAAAACGAAUUGACACUGUCAAGCCUGACCCUGAGAAACAAUUUUUGAUGGCUUCUUGGGCAGAGUCUCUGAAGGUAAUGGCAGAUUCAAGAUUCUUAAAUAAUUUAAAGUUUUAUCCAAAGGACGAGAUCAAUGCUGAAAUGGUUGAUCUAUUGCAACCUUAUUUCAACUUCAGUCAAUACACAUUCGAAGCUGCUAAAGUAGCAUGCGGCAAUGUCGCCGGUCUUAUUUCAUGGACCAUAGCGAUGGCACAGUUCUACUCUGUGAAUAAGGACGUCCUGCCUUUGAAGGCCAACUUAGCAGUUAUGCAGGGCAAGUACCAGGCCGCAAAGAGAGAGCUCGAGUCGGCUGAAGCUCAGCUGCAAGCGAAGGAGCGCGAGUUGGCUGCAGUACAAAAGCAGUUCGACGACGCCAUGGCUUUGAAACAAGCUGUACUGGAUGAUGCAGCCAAGUGCCAGCAGAAGAUGGAUGCCGCCACUGCACUUAUUAAUGGUCUUAGUGGCGAAAGAGUUCGGUGGACGGAGCAGUCGGCGCUGUUCAAAUCGGAGAUAGAGAGGCUGGUCGGCGAUAUAUUGUUGCUCACUGGGUUUCUAUCGUAUUCUGGACCUUUUAACCAAGAAUUCCGUUCGCUAUUGAUAGGCAGUUGGUUAGCUGAACUGUUGCGAAGGAAAAUACCUGUCUCUAUGAAUUUGAAUAUCACAGACCAACUCACGGAUACAGCUACGAUUGGUGAUUGGAAUUUAUGCGGACUACCGACAGACGAGCUGUCAAUUCAAAACGGCAUCAUCGUAACGAAGGCGUCUCGUUUCCCGCUGCUCAUCGACCCGCAGACUCAAGGAAAAAUCUGGAUAAAGAAUAUGGAGAAGUUUAAUGACCUCAUCGUUACUACGUUAAAUCAUAAAUAUUUUAGAAACCAUAUAGAAGAUUGCGUUUCACUCGGUAGACCGUUGUUAAUUGAAGAUGUAGCUGAAGAAUUGGACCCCGCACUAGAUAAUAUAUUGGAACGUAAUUAUAUAAAAAUCGGAUCUACUUUUAAGGUGAAACUGGGUGACAAAGAAAUCGACGUGACCCAUGGUCAUAAGAUUUACAUAACAACGAAACUACCCAACCCCGCCUAUACUCCUGAGAUUUCGGCACGAACUUCAAUAAUCGACUUUACUGUUACAAUGCAAGGCUUGGAAGACCAGUUACUGGGAAGAGUAAUUUUAACGGAGAAGGCAGAAAUGGAGGCUGAACGCACUCAGUUAAUAAUGGACGUGACCGCUAACCGCAGAAAAAUGCAAGAAUUAGAAGCAAACUUAUUACACAAGCUGACCACUAUACAGGGCUCUUUGGUUGAGGACGUAUCUUUGAUACAAGUGCUUAAUGUCACUAAAUCUACGGCCACUGAAGUAAAAGAAAAACUGGAUGUAGCAAAAGAAACUGAGAUAAAGAUCAACGCUGCUAGAGAAGAGUUCCGGCCGGUGGCAACUCGUGGCUCAGUGCUGUACUUCUUAAUUUGCAAUAUGUCGCUUGUAUGUAACAUGUAUCAGACAUCGCUGGCUCAGUUUUUAGAGCGGUUCGACAUAUCUAUGGAACGAUCUCCUCAGAGCCCUAUCACCAGUCGAAGAAUUGCAUUCAUCAUUGAUUAUUUGACUUACGACGUAUUUAAAUAUAUAAGUCGAGGAUUUUACGAGAAACACAAGUAUUUAUUUACACUGCUGCUUACUCUGAAGAUAGACUUGCAGAAGGAAUACAUAACCUACGAUGAAUUCCAAAUAUUGAUAAAGGGAGGUGCUGCUUUAGAUCUAAAUGCGUGUCCACCCAAACCAUUUAAAUGGGUAACAGAUAUGUCUUGGUUAAAUUUGGUGCAGUUAUCAGAACUUCGACAGUACACAAAUAUUCUUAAUCAAGUUACUAACAAUGAAAAGGGUUGGAAAAAUUGGUUUGACAAAGAAGCACCUGAAGAUGAGCCGUUGCCCGACGGAUAUAACUCUCUGGACGUGUUCCGGAAACUAUUGAUCGUACGUGCAUGGUGUCCUGAUAGAACACUUGCACAAAGUUUGAAAUACGUCGUAUUUUCAAUGGGUGCUAGAUUCUCUGAAGCGGUUAUUGUUAAUUAUGAGCAAAUGGUUCUGGAAUCACGACCUCUCGUCCCGCUAAUUGGGUUUCUUGCAAUGGGAUCUGAUCCAACGCCGUCUAUUGAAACUACAGCUAAACGUUUGGAGUGUCUUUGUUCCUCGAUAUCGAUGGGCCAAGGGCAAGAGAUUCACGCGAGGAAGCUUAUAGAUCGAGCUUUGAAAGAGGGUCUAUGGGUAUUACUACAAAACUGCCACUUAGGUUUAGAAUACAUGGUAGAGAUUAUGGAGCAGUUUGCAGAAUUGGAAAAAGAGCCAGAAAAAGUACAUGAGACGUUUAGACUGUGGAUAACUACGGAAGUUCACGAUAAGUUUCCCAUAACUCUACUCCAAAUGUCCAUCAAGUAUACUUGUGAACCACCUUCAGGUAUAAAGGCAGGUCUAAUGAGAACCUACGACUCCAUGAGUCAGGACUUCCUCGACUACAGCGACAGUCCGUUCUACUUGCCACUUAUUUACACAAUUUCCUUCCUGCAUACCGUUGUGCAAGAAAGACGAAAGUUUGGCCCGCUUGGAUGGAAUAUUCCAUACGAGUUUAACUCUGCAGACUGGCUGGCGUCUUGUAUGUUUAUACAAAAUCAUUUAGAUCAAUUGGAACCUGGGCAAUCUAUAAGUUGGACAACUGUGCGUUACAUGGUAUCUGCAGUACAAUAUGGUGGUCGGGUGACUGAUGACUACGACACACGUCUGCUGGUGACUUUCUGUAGAGUGUGGUUCUCUGAUCAAUUAUUUUCUGAGGACUACCAAUUUUAUAAAAACUACGGUAUAAUGAAGUUCAAAAAUAUCCCUGAAUAUAUUGAGGAGAUUGAGAAGAUGAAGACGGUUGAUCCACCUCAGGCUUAUGGUCUACACACGAAUGCAGAUAUAACAUAUCAACGCAAUAAGACCCAAGAGUUACUGGAUACAAUCCUCUCGAUUCAGCCAAAAGAGUCGAGCUCUGGUGGCGGAGAGACGAGAGAGGCAUCAGUUUACAGACAGGCCAAGGAAAUGCUAGAUAAAGUGCCUCCUAAUUUUGACCCCCAUGAAGUUAAGGAGAGACUAAGAUACUACGGCAUGCUGAAUUCGAUGGUAAUAUUUUUGCGACAAGAAAUAGAUCGGAUGCAAAAAGUGAUAUCUUUAGUAAGAACCACUCUAAAAGAUUUACUACUUGCAAUCGAUGGUACUAUAAUUAUGAAUGAGGCUCUCCGUGAUUCUCUAGAUAAUAUUUAUGAUGCUAAAGUGCCAAAAAUUUGGUUGAAAAGUUCGUGGUCGUCGUCGACACUCGGAUUUUGGUUUACGGAGUUUCUCGAGAGAAAUAUUCAGUUUUCAUCAUGGUGCUUCCAAGCCAGACCUAAUUCUUUUUGGAUGACUGGCUUUUUCAAUCCACAAGGUUUCUUGACUGCUAUGCGUCAGGAAGUAACUCGAGCCCAUAAAGGCUGGGCGUUGGAUAUGGUCACCUUGCACAAUGACGUAACGAAGUUCACAUAUGAGGAAAUAAAAGCACCUCCGCCGGAAGGUGUUUACGUACACGGAGUCUUCCUCGACGGUGCAGGCUGGGAUCGCCGUAAUCUUCGACUUUGCGAGUCAACAUUGAAAGUAUUAUACACCCCAUUACCAGUUAUACACGUAUACGCAAUAAACUCUACAGCUCCCAAGGACCCUAAACUGUAUCAGUGUCCAGUAUAUAAGAAGCCUGUGCGCACUGGACUCACGUUCAUCACACCUUUAUGGUUGCCUACUAUCAAAAACCCAGACCACUGGAUUCUUAGAGGAGUCGCCAUCUUGUGUGAUAUUAAAUAACGUUCUUACGUGUUUUAUUGAACAGUCUGUAAAUAACACUAAAACCAAGUGGCAAUAAAAGAACAGUGAAUCGCUCUGGAUCGCGUCUCUAGUGUAGUGAAUUCAGAACCGAUUUUUCAUAAUCGAGCCCUUUUUACUCUACAAGAAUAAUUCCAAUAUUGCCACUGAUUUUAGUCUAGUGAGAAGCCUGUUUUAAACAUAUUUGUUGUAUGUUUCCAUCAUUUACAUAUAUGCUACUUUUACUUUUUAAUAAUCAUGAUUGUAAUUCUAGAAUAGCUAGAAUAAUGUUUAGAUGAUUAACUGUUUACUAAUUUGUGAGUUGUUCUAGCUGUUUUACACUAUUCACGUAUUAGGUAAUUUUUGAAAUUUCUCAUAUAUAUUUAUUAUUAGAGGUUCGUAGUGGUUUAAUUAAUAAAAGAAUUUUACAUUUAAAUAUGUUUAUUACCUGUGAAGAUAUACCAAAGCACUGAGAGGUAUUCGGAUUGAAUUACGUAUAUUAAUUUAUUUACUAAUUAUUUUGAAUAUCAUGCUACAUUUAAAAUACUGCAUUGGGUAUGGAUGGUCUCAUUUCUUAAACAGCCAUGUUUUAGAUCACGAUUUUUAACACUUGCUAUAAAGCAAAUAAUCACAAAAUAAAAUCACUAAUAAAACAAUCGACUGUAACAACUUUAAUGGACGGAGCGCAUUCGCUGAUAUUGUAUUGUUUACAAUCACAUUGUAUGGAAGCAUUUAAUAGGGAUUUUGUCUUAAUUAUCCGGACCAUAUCCAUAUUUUUACAAAGAAAAUAGUCCUACCGUAUAUCUAAAUAUGUUAUAACAACAUAAUCUAGAAGUGAAUUGAGAGAAACUGUUAUGAAGUGAAUUAAAUAUUCUGUAAAGUUUAUAUAAAUAAUGUAAUGUACAUUUAAAUCCUUAACAACACGAUUUUAUUUUUUCUGCAUUAUGUCUAAAACUUUGGCAGUGAUAGGUACUUGAACUAAUUGAAGUAGAAAAUAUCAGUCUAUUAAUGGGCCUGUCUGAAAAUGAACUAGUAGGUGUUAGUUCGAUGCACGCACAUUUGUUGUUGAAAUGAGUUCACGAAAUAAAUGUUGCAUCUGACUUAAAAUUUUAGAUUAAGAGUAGAGCAACAUCUUAUUCUAGAAUUGUAUCUCUAUGUAAGUUUUGCAACAAAUUUGUCUUUGCAUUCCAUUUAGUUGUACAUACAGACAAGUAUAGCAUAUAACGAGAUCUAGCUUUCCUAAUGAAAUAUCGUAACAAUAACAUGGUGUAACAGAUUACAACAAUUAAGUUAAAAACUACGUAAUUAUAGUAUAUUACAGUCUUAUCAUAGUAAUAAUAUACAAAAUUAUUUUAACACGAUUGACAACAUUAUACUCGAUUCAUGUAUAUUUGGUAUAUUCAGUACACAAUCUUGGUGUAUUUUACAUGUAUAACAUUAAUUAGUAGCAUAUUUAUUUAUUGAAAUAGUGCAGACAGGAAAAUAAUUUAUAAACGAGAGAAAAGAUUUUGAAUGAAAAUCUCCAGACCCUCUGCAACCCAUUUGAGAAUUUCUUUCUCUUUUCGUAAGGUAUGUUAUUCAAGAUUGAUAUGAGGUAUACAUUUUGUUAAUAUAAAGCGAACUUACAAAGCCAGUAAGUAGCAAAGCCAUGGCUCUAGUCGCUAGUCAAAUUUAUACCUUCCUUUGAUAUAAAUAUUUUUAGAUUACUUAAGCAUAUUUUAAUUCGAUAAAAAUAAAUACCAAUACAAUUCACUGAAUAUGUUAAGCAUAAAUGAACAGAGUAUAAUGGAUAAUACUUAGGUUGUAUGAUAUAAAAUUUGCUACCAAAGAUAACAUUGGUUAGCGUAUAAAGGAAACUGUUUCUAUAAAUCUAUUUCUAAUAUAUGCACAAUUAAAAAUAUUUUAACAUCGUACGCGUAAAAAUAAUAUCUAAUCGUUGUUCGUUGUUACAACGUUCGUCACAUUUAACUUUAUAGUAGGCGUAUUGCCUAUACAAAUGUCGAAAUACUAAAAGGAGUUGCCUUUGGCUAAAUUAUAAUUACAAAGAAAUUAUUGCACACGU